CGCCGCCGCCCCCGCCCCACACCCAAGGCCCCGCGACCGGGCCGGAGCUGCGGGCGGCGGGGCAGGGGUGGGCGCCCCGAUGAGCCCCGAGUGCGAGGAGCCGCCGCCCCCCCUCGCAGGGCGCCAUGUUUUGGAAGUUUGACCUGCACACAAGCUCGCACCUGGACACACUGCUGGAACGGGAGGACCUGAGCCUUCCUGAGCUGCUGGAUGAGGAGGACGUGCUGCAGGAGUGCAAGGUUGUCAACCGAAAGCUGCUGGACUUCCUACUGCAGCCGCCCCACCUGCAAGCCAUGGUGGCCUGGGUCACCCAGGAGCCGCCCAUCAGUGGUGAGGAGCGACUGCGCUACAAGUACCCCAGUGUGGCCUGCGAUAUCCUGACCUCUGAUGUGCCCCAGAUCAAUGACGCCCUGGGUGCAGAUGAGUCCCUCUUGAACCGGCUCUAUGGCUUCCUGCAGAGUGGUGGCAGCCUCAAUCCUCUGCUUGCUAGCUUCUUCAGCAAGGUCAUGGGGGUCCUCAUCAACCGCAAGACGGAUCAGCUUGUGUCCUUCCUGCGCAAGAAGGAUGACUUUGUGGACCUGCUGCUGCGACACAUAGGCACCUCAGCCAUCAUGGACCUCCUCCUGCGCCUGCUCACCUGCGUGGAGCGGCCACAGCUGCGGCAGGAUGUCCUCAAUUGGCUCAAUGAGGAGAAGAUUGUCCAGCGGCUGAUCGAACAGAUUCACCCAUCGAAAGAUGACAAUCAACAUUCCAACGCAUCCCAGUCCCUGUGUGACAUCACCCGCCUGAGCCGAGAGCAGAUGAUCCAAGGCCAGGACAGCCCUGAGCCAGACCAGCUGUUGGCUACCCUGGAAAAGCAGGAAACCAUUGAGCAGCUCUUGAGCAACAUGUUCGAGGGGGAGCAGAGCCCGUCUGUCAUCGUCAGUGGAAUCCAGGUGCUGUUGACCCUGCUGGAACCCAGGAGGCCAAGGUCCGAGUCUAUGACCAUGAACAACUUCUUCAGCAGUGUGGAUGGGCAGUUGGAGCUCCUGGCCCAGGGGGCCCUGGACAGUGCCACAUUCAGCCCAGGUGUCCUGAAUGCUUUGCGCCCUCGACUUGGCUGCUUCCACCAACUCCUGCUUGAGCCUCCCAAGCUUGAGCCUCUACAGAUGACCUGGGGCAGCCUUGCCCCGCCUCUGGGCAACACGCGGCUGCAUGUGGUCAAGCUCCUGGCCAGUGCCCUGAGUGCCAAUGACGCUGCCCUAACACAAGAGCUCCUGGUUCUGGACGUGCCCAACACCUUGCUGGACCUCUUCUUCCACUACGUCUUCAACAACUUCCUGCAUGCACAAGUGGAGGUUUGUGUGAGCGCCAUGCUGAGCUCAGGGCCCCAUCCUGACAGCAGCUCUGACACAUCAGUUCCAAACCCUGUUGUGAAACAUCUACUGCAGCACUGCUGCCUGGUGGAGCGGAUCCUGACAUCCUGGGAGGAAAACGACGGCGUGCAGUCUGGGGGAGGCCCAAGGAAAGGCUACAUGGGCCACUUGACGCGUGUGGCCAACGCACUGGUGCAGAACAUGGAGCAGGGACCCAAUGCCGAGCAGCUAGGGCAGCUGCUAAAGGAAUUGCCAGAUGAGCAGCAGGAGCGGUGGGAGAUGUUUGUGUCAGGACCCCUGGCUGAGACCAACAAGAGGAACACGGUGGAUCUGGUGAACACCAACCAUCUCCAUUCCUCCAGCGAUGAUGAGGAUGACCGGCUCAAGGAGUUCAACUUCCCCGAGGAGGCCGUGCUGCAGCAGGCCUUCAUGGACUUCCAGAUGCAGCGCAUGACCUCGGCCUUCAUUGACCACUUUGGCUUUAAUGAUGAAGAGUUUGGGGAGCAGGAAGAAAGUGUGAAUGCACCGUUUGACAAGACCGCCAACAUUACCUUCUCCCUCAAUGCUGAUGAUGAGAAUCCCAACGCCAACCUGUUGGAGAUUUGCUAUAAGGACCGCAUCCAGCAGUUUGAUGAUGAUGAGGAGGAGGAGGAGGGCCAAGGCUUGGCAGAGUCUGAUGGAGAAUACGGUGCCUGGCAGAGUGGCCAGCCGUCAAGGGCAUCCCGUGCAGGCCAGCCACCUGGUGUCCGGAGUGGAGGCAGCACGGACAGUGAGGAGGAUGAGGAGGACGAGGAUGACGAGGACGAGGAGGGGGACCGCCGGGGAGCCUGUGUGGGGGCUGGCCCUCCGUUCUGCUCCAGCCCUGGAUCUCAGCCUCUCAGCCCAAACUGGAGAGCCACCUUUGACACAGUGCCUGUGGAUACCCUAACGGGUCCCCAAGUCUCCAGGGAGGAGGAGCUGCACGCUGGGCCCCCAGCCCCCAUGGUGUCUCUCAGCAUGUCCCUCGCCCAGAGUGCGACCACUUCUCCAGUCCAGGAUGCCCUGGAGCUCAGGUCUCAGGAUGCCAGUACCGCCUCAGCACCUCAGGAAGCCGCUGAGGCCCUCGAGGGCGUGGAAGCCCCGGCCCCCGACCCGGGCACCCUGCGUGGGAUGUGCUCCUCCCCCAGCUCCUUGGACAGUGCAGCCAGAGACCCCUCUACCUCUGUCCCGGCCUCCAGGACCCAGCAACACCCCCGGUCCAGGGACGGGGGAAAGAACCCAGAGACUUUGAGCUUUCCUGAAAGCCAGAGUGCUCAGGCCCACGAGCCUCCGCCUGUGCCCAAUGGCUCUGCUCCUGGAGGGCCCGGCUCCCCGGACUCCCAGUAGCUGCCGCAUGGCAGUGGUGGCCAAAUCUCGCGUCCUUCCCGUGGACCCCGGCGAGGCAGCGUGUCCUCGAUGGGCGCCCUGUCCUCACCAUCCCCUCCAUUCUUUCUGGACUGCCUGGAAGCUGGCGCCAGAGAGACAGAACCCUCACCCAUUGCACUGAGAAGAGAGAUUACGGAGCUUUGCCUCCUAGAAUAAAGAGAAUCACAUAGAGAAAGAGAGACGUAUAUUAUAUAUAUAUAUAUAUAUAUAUUAUAUGUGUGUAUGUGUGUAUAUACAUAUACAUGUGUGUAUAUACACGUGCACACAUAUAUAUAUUGAAGAGGAGAGAGGGAGCCAGGCUGUGCUGGGGCUGGGCUUUGAAGCACACUCCCAUCUGUCUCAGUGGGGAUUGUGCUGGGGUCCCAAGGCCAACACCACUCCUGUCCUGUGCUGUGCUCUGUGCUCCGGUGCAGACCCCAUACCCAGCUUUCAGCUCAGGUCCACCGGGGGCAGCUAGUGAUGGCAUCAGAGGGCCCUGCCCAGGGGGUUGUGCCUUCGCCAGACCCUGCCCUCUGACCCAGGCACCUGACCCCAAGAAGUGGGGCCUCCCUGGCAACAUCCCUAGGGACCCUACCCUGAGUCGGGUCGGCUGGGUCCCCUGCGCCAAGGGUAUGGGGUCCCAGCCCUGCUGCCAAGUGACCUUGUCCCGGCUCCCCCUCCCCCAGGCUGGUGUGAGUAUGUGUGUGUGCUGAGCUUCUAUUUCAUAUUGCAAAUAUAAAUAAAGGAAGACAGUUUACGAUU